CAGAUCUUUAACUUGGAUCGGGUUUUGGGGAAUUCGACUUGGUGUGUACACAUAAGAUACUGGAAUUGAGGACAAGCUUUUAGGGCCAUGGAAAGGACCCAACAUUCCGUGCUCUAUUCAGCAAUCGUUUAACGUGAUAAAUGACUUGAGCGAUGAUAAAGGAACCCCACAACACAUCAAGCGACGUCUUCCACCGUCGUCCACACGCCGAAAUAGCGAAACAUUACAGGAAGGAUUAGCUCAUGAAAGGAUUUAAUAAGCUUUUUGUCCAAGUAUUCUAUAACAAGGACUAAUACCCACCAAAACACUGAGACCAGGGCCUGUAGAUGUAGAUAUACGGUGUGAGGAAAAGGUCGCACCUGAGACUUUUCUUUGAUUUAUUGAGUUGUUCCGGACUCUUAUGGAUUGAUUCCAUUAAUAAAGAUUUUUCAAGUGAUGGCGUCCCGACGGGAUCCGGGGGGUCCCCGGAAACUCCUGGAGACCAUCCGAGAAAAACAGAAACAUCUCCAAGACGCCGCUUUUAGCAGCAACUACAUCGGUGUUCAACAAGCCCUGGACAAAACCAAAGAAAAGACCUCCGAGAUAAAGGGUCUCAAACGAAAAGUAGAGGAGGCCAAAAAAUCUAAGGGACAAGACAGCGCGGCUGAUUCUCUCGAUGCUGAGUAUGAAUUGCUGGAGGACUUGGCUUUACAAAAGAAACGUUGCUUGGAGACCCUUUUGUAUGUCAGCGAAGUGGAAAAUAUACUCCAGAAUGUCCAAUCAGAGUUUGAGGAUCGCGCACUCUACCUCACGGAGCGGAGGAAGGUGUUCGAAAGCAUCUAUAGGGAGGAUACGGUGGAAGCCUCGGCGCGGAUCCACAGGGACUGUACAUACGCGUUAAGAGGGAGUUGGAACUGGUUGUCCCAGGUUACUAAAUGUCUGCAGACUCACAUGACCAAUGCCGGGGAGUACCACCAGUUUUUCCACGAUGUUCAAUUUCUGGAUGAAGAUUUAGGUCUAUUUCUUAAGUUGAUGAAUAGCAACACUAUGCGCGAGCGCGUUGAAACUCAGGAAGCAGACGUCAUGUGCAAACAUUUGAGGAACAUCACCAAUAAGUUGCUGGACUUCCAGUGUCGGGUGGACAAGCUGGGCAACCAGGCCGUUGAGGUUUACCCCAUCCACCUGAGGCGGGAGUCUUGUUCCUACCCACUCAAAGCCAAGGCUCUGGUCUUCUAUUGCCACGAAGAGGUUAAGUUGGAAGUUGGAGAAGAAGUGUUGGUCCUGGAUACUACGGAUCAGGACAAGUGGCAGGUUCGCUGUAACAAUGGCUCAGAGACCGAGGUGCCAGGGGUGAUCCUAGUUAUCCCCCCUCCGGAUAAAAAAGCUGUCCAGCAAGUUCAAAGGAUCAAGGAACAGCUUGUGAUCCAUUGGGACACCACCCUCAAGAGAUUCCGCACCCAGCUUAUCCAGUUCAUCUCCAACAAUAUUAAAGACACUCAGGAAAAAGAGCUUUCCCGUAUUUCGUCAGGACAGAAGGCAGAGCUGAUGCGGCUGAUGAAUGAAGCCGUGCAGUUACUGCGCCCUCUAUCGGUGGAGGACCCGGAUUUUAAAAUCAUGAUGGCCAACGUCACCAACUUUAGAAAGAUAAUCAGCCAAGUUAAAUCAGGUGACAAAGACUAUACUAACGGUACGACACAGAAAUGGCAAGCAAACGCCAAGGUGCUAGUGCAUUACAAGGAAUUUUUAACUUAUGCAAAGACGUACAAACAGGCAUUAGCGGAAUCUCGAGAGCAAGAGAAAUUGUUGCUUAAAGGAGCCGGUGGACAGUUGUAUUCCUCCAAGGCUUACUUUGAAAGAACCUUGCCAAUGGUGGAAGUAAACACUAAAUCUCAGGAAACAGUCAUCACAUCAGUGAAGUCCGAAAUGAUUAUUCACGAAAGACAAAAAGGGAAGAGACCAAAACCACCGCCUCGUCGCAGGAGGCAACUGAAAAGAGUGAUGUCGUCUGCUGUACCCAAUGACGUCAGCAGCGAUCUACCAGAGUGUUCAGAAGAACUGCAAAGCUUCACCAUCACCGGCGUGAUUGAUCCGCGAACCAAGCAAAGGCUGACGGUGUUCCAAGCCAUGGCCCAAGGAAUCUUGGACCAGGCUAACGGGACGUAUACAGACCCAACCACCGGAAAGUCAAUGCCCAUCCCCGAGGCCAUCCAUCGAGGACUCAUCACUGUGGAUACCAGGGAAAAUCUUCCAAACGGACAUUCUGCCGACGAUGGAUUUUCACCAAUGAGAAAUACUUUAGAAACUCAGAUUUUCCCCGUUGCUGGUGUUAUAGAUCCACGUACAGGCGAAUGGAUCAGCGUGAAAGAAGCUGUUUCGUUGGGUAUUUUGGAUCCAAAGUCGGGGAAAUAUAAGAAUAUUGUGACUGGAGAGGAAUGUGAUUUGUUGGAGGCUGUGAAGAAUGGAUACCUCGUGGUUGAUCCUGCCGUGUUAGAGGAUACCGAAAAGAAGGAUUGUUUUACUUUCGUGGACUUUGCAGACGUUGGAUUCAGGGUCACGGGCGUCGUAGAUCCUACAACGGGUGACGAAAUACCUCUCAAACGUGCUAUGACGGACGGAGUUAUCGAUCUUGUUAACUCUCUGUACAGGAACCCCCACACAGGAGAGACUAUCUCAAUAGAGGACGCUAUAAGACAAGGUCUGAUUAGAGGUACCUACCUCUCUCCAUCGGAAGCUGCCGCAGGAGGCCCGGAUGUGAUGAUUCUGAAACAGCUUCAGCUAAAAAAGCAGCGCUACCUUCCAGGGGAUGGGGAAGGAGGCGAUUCCGUGGAUGGAUCCAGACAGACCCCAAACGCUGUUAUGUUUGACAAACUGCGUGCAAGGCUUGAUCCAGAGGAACAAAUGGUUCUGGAUCCAAAUGACCUUACAAGCAUAUCUUUGCAGGAAGCUUAUGAGAAAGGCGUAAUUGAUUUUGAAAAGGGAGAAUAUAAAUUACCAAAUGGAGACUGCUUGUCAUUAGAGCAGGCAACUGCACGAAAUUUUAUAGAACCCGAAUUAUUGCAGGAAAUAUUGAAAGUUUACCAGGACUGUAGCGUGAAGAACCUUACUGAAGAAGGGAAAUUUGAUCCUGAGACAGGUCUUGUCAUAGACCCAAAGUCAGGUAACUCAAUGUCCUUACAAUCAGCGAUAGAACAGAGAGUGAUUGAUCCCAACCUUGUAUAUUUCUAUGACGUGCCAUCCCAGAAAAUUACCAACCUUGCUACAGCAAUUGAAAACGGCUCCUAUGACCCAUCAUCUGGUAAAUACAAGCAUAAAAAGGUUCCACAAGCUUUAUCAUUGGAGCAAGCAGAUAAAGUUGGACUUGUGCUUUGUGAUAUUGACCCUGAUAAAAUGACCAUGGAUGCCAAGACAUUAGAACGUCUUCAGAAAGUGAUGGACACUAGUAUUCCUUUCAUACCAGCACCGUACUCCAAUGGCAACUGUUCCCUCGAGGAGGCUAUCAAAGCGGGAUCCGUUGACCUCCAAAAUGGAAUGGCUAAGGAUUUACGUACUGGUGAAGUCAUGUCACUUGCCGAAGCUAUGCAGACUUCCAAGAUAGACCCAACUGCUGCCAAAAGUUUACUUGACGCUCUGGAUAAACUUUCACUACACGAAAUGAUCCAGAAAGGUCAAAUAAAUCCCGAUAAAGGUCAUUUUAUUCCAAGUGAUAAGUCUAGGCCGAUAACGAUCCAGGAGGCCAUGGACCGAGGUCUGCUUCAUCCAGAGAACGUGUAUGUUGUGGAUAAAGAGAAUAACAACAUUGUCUCUCUUGAUAGCCUAAUCAAGUCAGGUAGAUUCGAUCCCAAAACCGGAAUGGUGAUUGACCAGAAAACUGGACGGGCAAUGUCUCUGUCUGAGGCCAUUGCAAACGGUAUCAUUGGCGGCAAAAUAGCAGUGGACGACUUUGUUGAUACCUCGGUCACCCUCAAAGACUUGAUUGACUCAAGCAAAGUCAAUCCGAGGUCCACCACAUUUGUGGCGCCAAAUAACUAUAAGAUGUCUCUCAGAGAUGCCUUGGCCAAUGGUUUCCUCACCAUGAACUCCAAUGUAAAGCUGGACCCGGAGACCGGAUGUGUGGUCUUGGCUGCCGAUGAAGAAAUCGUCCAGGCCCUAGUGGAUGUAAAGGAAAACUCGGACUGGAUCAGUGAUACGGAGAGGAAACUGGCAUCGCAAAAGAAACCCCACCAAAGGCUAGAUGGACUUCAAGGACAAUCAAAUGAUAUCAAGGCCGUACAAGAAGACAUGGUAAGGAGGAAGACAGGCGUGACGACCUCCAUCAAACAGGCGGAAGAACUCAUCGACAACAACCAAACGGACCGGAAGGAAGAUGGCGCCCAGCAGAUCCAGAAACUGCGCUUCAAUGUCUCUGAUCUCAAGAUCAGGUUCAACGCCGCUUUUGGUGAAACGGAGAGUAGACGAAAGCGUUUCCAGAAGAUGACCGAAGACUUGGAACAGUUCUAUACAACCCUACAGGAUAUUGACCAAUGGCUGGAUCAGGCCAUAGAAAAGUCACGUGACCUACAGACUUCUAAAGAUAAUAUUCACAACCAGUUCAAUGACUAUAAGGAAUUCGUGGAGGAAAUACAAGUUAAAGAAUUGGAAAUUGCUGGAGUAAUCAAGAUGGCUGAUGAUUUCAGGGACACUGCACAGGAAUUUGAAAAAGAAGCCGAAGCAUAUCGCCAACGCAUCCAGGUUCUUCCUCCAAUUAAAGAAGAGGUUGACAACAACAUCAUAGAUGACGAAAUCGAAUCUUUGGAGGAAAAAUUCAAGGAUGUCUCUCGGAACUGUUCUAAACACAUGGAAAAGCUGGCCGCCUUAAUGAAGCAGAAGAAAGGUUUCGAUGAUUUAAAAGACAAACUUUCUUCUGUAUAUCCCCAGAUUGAGGCUCGGCUCAGCAACAUUCACGGAAAUGGUCUUGGUAAAAACCCAGAAAAGGAUACCAAAGAUCUUACGGCAGUGAAGGAACUUAAAGCUGAUCUGAUCGGACAAGACAGAAAGCUUAAAGACCUUAUUCAGAGUGGUGAAAAAUUGGUUAAAGGUUUGAAUGAUAUUAAUAUGAAACAAAAGGCAGAGGAAGUGAAGGAAUCAAUGGCAGAGAUGAAGGACAAACAUGAAUCGUUACAAAGUGAAAUCGGUGAAAAAGAGGAAGAACUGUCUUCGGCUGUGUCUCAACAACAGAAUCUGAGGAACCGUUUAGAUGGACUACAAAGGUGGAUGUCAGAAACGGAAAGCGCAUUAGAGAACAGACCAUUAAUAAGUUUGGACAAAGAUAAACUUGCCCAGCAGCUGAAAGAACAACGUCUUCUUAAUGGUGAAAUAGAAACCAACAAAACACUUCUAGAAAGGAUUUCUCAGGAAACAGGUCAGAACGCACCAGAUGACGAUGCAGAAGGAGUAAUCCUUGAGCUCAGUGAAAGAAUGGUAGAGGUAGAGAAAGAUGUCGAUCAAGUAACCAUGGAAAUUGAGGAUGUGGCCUGUAGUGUUUCGGAACUGGAGAACAAUAUCGGUCAGAUGGACUCUUGGUUGACUGAUGCCAUAUCAUCACUGAAAACACGACAAAAGGGCGCGAACCAGAAGGCUGUAAAGGCGAAGAUAGAUGCCUUGUACAAUGAUAAACGUGAAAAGGAAUACGACAUGGAGAAACUGAGACAGUCAGCGAAAGAGAUCAUGGACGAUGAGAGAGUGUGCGAUCAGUUUGCGAUGAAGGAGUAUCUUGGAGAGGUGGAAGUGAAAUGGCACGAGCUGACGGAACAUCUUGUCCAACAGGUUUCGUUAGAGGCCUUAACUGAGAUCGACGGAAUGCUGAAAUAUCUGGACAAAGCCGAGAACGAGAUAAACACGGCGGAGCCAGUCAAUGUAGAGCCAGAAACUCUGAACAUACAGCUGCACGAUCAUCAGUCAUUUAAUAUGGAUCUUAAUCAAAAGCGAAACGCCGUCAAGGACAUUAUUAACAAAUGUAACAGAAUGUUGCGAGAAACAACCAAUGCCCAAACGGAUGAAAUCAAAUCGAGGCUGGAGAGCAUAAAAACUCAGGCUGACAUCGUCUGCCAGUUAAGUGCAGAACGUCUGCAUCAGUUGGAAUCGGCCCUUCCUUUGGCUACGCAUUUCAGUGAAAACCAAGCAGAGAUUCAUAGCUGGUUGGAUGAAAUGGAGGCUGAUUUAAAGGCGCACUCGUCACCAGGAAAUACACUGGAACAAGUCAAGAAGCAGCUGGACAAUAUCAAGGAUACUCAGCAGAAGAUUGAAGACCGCAAACCCUUCUUAGAAGAUCUGAACACAACUGGCCUGGAACUAAUGGAACUUUGUUGUGAUGAUGACGCGGGAGAAAUUCAAACAAAACUCUUAAAAUACAACGAACAGUACGAGAAACUGAAAGGUCAGGCCAGAGAGAAAGCCAGGGAGCUCACCGCCGCUAGGAGCAAGAUGACGCAGGAGGUUUCCGAUUCCUUGGACCAUGUUCUUGGAGAUCUGGCACAGCUAAACAGAGACCUGGCUACAGCAGAUCCAAUCGCUGCGAGUCCCGAUAAACUACGGGACGAAAUCAGGCAAAACAACAUCUUGUUGGAAGAUCUGGAAAACCAGCGUCCCGCCAUUGCCGCGGCGGAUGAAGCGGUGAAGAGGUUAAUCGCCCAGGGGGUGGAGGACCCAGCGGAAGCUGAAGACCUCAAACUAAAACUAGCUGAGAUAGCAACACUGAACAAUCAAACUCGAGAAGGUGCUUUGAAAAGGGAGAGAGAUUUGUCCGCUGCAACGACAGUAGCCGAGAAAUUCUUUGACUCCUGCAACGAUACAAUGUCCAACCUACGCGACCUGAAGGAUAACUUCCUAUCACAAGAACCACCGGGCGUGGACUCUUCCACAGUGGAAGAGCAACAGAAAGAACUCAAGGAACUGAGAAAGGAACUAGGAAAGGCUCGCCUGUCCUACGAGGAGUGCCGACAGCUUGGAGAGGAGCUGAGCGGACUGUGCAGUGAUCCGGGUCUGAUGGAGAUCAGAAAGCAGUUGGAGGACAUCCAUGUUCUGGCAGACGACGUGCACGAUAUUGCACGUGACCGCGAAGAGGAUCUUAAAAAGGCUCUCGGUCAUACUGAAAAAUUCCAAGAACUUCAAGAGGCAAUUAUGACAUGGUUGCCGCUGGCUGAACAAACCUUGGACGAAAUGGAGACUCCUUCCAGUAGUCCGCAGAACCUGAAGACUCAGAUAGAAGAGCUGAAGGUGUUUUCGAGUAACAUUUAUAUUGAACCUCAAGGGUCCAGUAAAUCCGACAUUCAGCCCCAUGUAGCAGACGUCCAGCAGCUCAACCAAGAGUUAUCUACCCUGAAAGAUAUGUCGCCGGUGGCCGCCGAGGCGCUGCAGAGACCAGUAGAAGAAAUCAACCACAGAUGGGCCGCUCUACUGAAAGGCAUCACCGACAGAGAGACGAAGUUGAGUGGAAUGCAGCUGAAGUUGGGUGAACUGGAGGCAGGAAUAAACGACGGUGUGGACAACUUAGAAAACAUUCAGUCUGAUCUAGAGAAGUUCGAGGGUGUGAACGGUGAUCCCAAAUGUCUAGAAACGUACAUGAAAAAACUACAGGUUAUGAACAAUGAUUUGAAAAAUCAGGACAAAAUGUGCAAGAAAUUGAGUUCAGCCGUCGAUGCCAUCCAAGACGCCGAGUUAAAAGAAAAGAGAGACGUAAUGAAUGAACAACUUCGUGCCACGCAGGCGCAUCUCCGGGACAAGGAGGCUAAACUACAGGAGAAACUCCGGCAGGUGAAAAAAUACCUGGGAGAGGUUGACGACGCUUACCACUGGGUCAACGACUUCAGGAACGAGCUGAAGGCAGCGCCACCUUGUGGAGCCCUCCCAGAGUCUUCCAAGAAACAGUUUGACGCCUUUAUGGCAAAAUUCGAAGAGUUGGAAUCUAGGACCGACGCAACCCAGGGACUUAUUGCCAAAGGACAAGAACUUGCAAAACUGUACCCGCCAGAAGAUGUUGCUCAAAUAACGGAGAAGAUAAAGAAACUCGGAGACAGGUGGAAGGAUACCCAGGAUCGUGCAGAAAAGAGAAAGGAUAAACUUUCUGAACACCUACAAAACGUUGGCGAGUUCCACGAUACCCUCAAGGGAUUCAUGGAUUGGUUGAAUAAUGCGGAAAUCGCAAUGAGGUCGUUCAAGUAUCCCAGCAAGCUUGUGGAAAAGGUUACGGUGCAAAUUGAGGAACACAAUAAAUUGAAAACUGAAUUAGAGCAACAUAUAGAGAAAAUGCAGAGUCUAGAAAAGAAUGGCAGUUAUUUAAAGCACUUUGGAAAGAAACAAGAUACCAUCUACAUAAAAAAUCUACUGGUUGGAAUCAAGCUUAGAUGGAAAAAGUUAAUGCGACGAACGGACGAAAGAGGGCGCCUACUGAAGUCUGCUUAUAGGGAGGACAAACGGUUCUAUGACGCCUGGAAGGACCUCUGUGAUUGGUUGGACGAAAGCUCCAAGACGGUGACCCGAUUUAUGGUGCCGGUAAAUCAAGGAUCCGCCACCAAACAGAACAUUGAUGACCUCAAGACUCUACUUUUGGAGGCAUUUCUUCAGAGGUUCCAGCACCAGUUGGCCGCCAAACACCAGGCUUUCUACUCCGCCACGAGACUCGGUCGCAAUCUUAAGGACAGGUGCACCAAGGCUGAUCCAGAGAGGGAUGUGCUGCAGCAGAUGCUGGAUGAGUUGAAGAAUAAAUGGAACGCUGUCAGAUCCGUCGUGUCUAGGAGUCAGAACAAGUUAGACGAGGCGCUGUUAACAUCAGGAAGGGUGGCGGACGCCAUCAGCUCCCUCCUGGAAUGGCUGGGCAAGGCGGAGGCCAGCCUGGCGGAGGACCAGCCAACCAUGGGAGAUACGGACACUAUCCAUAUGCUGAUAGAGCAGCACAAGACGAUGCAACAGGAACUUGGCGCGCGUGAGCAGACCGUGGCCGCCAUGAAAGCUUCUGGCGACAUCCCCGCUGCUCACUUGGAGGAAUUGGAAAACACGUGGGACCGCGUCAACCAUCUGGCUGACAUCAGGGAAGGUCGUCUGCGAGAGUCACUCAAACUGGCCGAGGAGUUCCAGGAUGCUGUUCAGAUCAUGAGAGACUUCCUGCCCCAAGCCGAGGCUGAGCUCAAGUUCAGGGCUCUACCGGACGAUGAAAUGGCGAUAGUACAAUUAAUUGAAAAACACGAGAAAUUCCAAGAGGAGUUGAGAAACCACCAAGAGUGUAUCGACAAGAUCCGGGACCUCGCGGAGGAGAUCCUACAGAACUGUCACCCUAACGCCAUCCGAUUUGUCAAAUACUACCUCACCAUCACCCAGACACGCUGGGAUCAGUUGUUACAAAGAGGCAAAAACCAGGAGAAACGGCUGCAGGACGAGCUGAGGAACAUUCAGGGUAACGCCGCCCUGGUGGAGGAACUGCUGGCCUGGCUGACGGACGCCCAGGUGUUGCUGUCCACCAAAGAGAGGGACCCCAUACCCGACGACCUCAAGGUGGUGGAGGACCUCUACAAGGAGCACCUGGAAUUUCACGACGAGGUCACGAGCAAAAACAACGAUGUGGAGAGGUUGACAAAGAUACUGACGCUGGAGCCCAAAUCCCCGGGACGCCAUUUUGGCAGCAAUAUGAAGCUGAAUGAUCUGGACGGCUACAACCCGCGCGUUCUGACGCUACAAAACAAAUGGCGGACGGUCUGGAGAAUGUCUAUAGACAGAAAGAAAGCUUUACAAGAUGCUUUAGACACACUACAAGAGUUGGAGGGAUUAAAGACCUUUGACUUCGAAGUCUGGAAGACAAAGUAUCUGAACUGGAUAAAGGCCAAGAAGUUACGAAUAACCGAUUUCUUCCGGCGGCAGGAUAAAGACGGAGAUGGUUUCCUAUCACGAGAGGAAUUUGUCAACGGAAUGUUACAUACUCAUUUCCCAACAAAUAAGACAGAACUUCAUGCUGUCUUUGACAUGUUUGCCACAACUAACAGACAUUUUAUAGAGUACAAAGAUUUCAUAGAGGCCAUGAAGCCCGUGCGACAUCAAAAGGCCCGAUUACAGAGCGGCAAGAGACAGAUGACGGAUGGAGAACUGAUACACGACGAAAUCGAGAAGGAAAUUUCGCAGUGUCAGUGUAGGAACUCAUUCCGUGCCGAGAUGAUCGAUGAGGGCAAAUACCGGUUCGGAGAGAAACAAAACAUCCGGUUGGUGCGGUUCUUGAACAGUACGGUAAUGGUGCGCGUGGGUGGAGGAUGGGUCACGCUAGACGAGUUUCUGGAAACCAAUGACCCGUGUCGAGCCAAAGGAAGGACAAACUAUGAUCUUAGAGAUACAUUAUCACCAAACGGAAAUUCGACUUUCCGCCCCCGUCGGGGCAGUGGAACAUACGGGUAUCGCUCAAAAUUAAACGACACCGGAUAUGCAUCUUCCACGUCAUCAGCUGGCAGUUCUGGGGAUAACUCCCUCCGGAGAAGCCGUGUGACGUCAUCAAUGGUAAAUCUGUCGGGCACGAGUGGUGCCCCUCCCCGGAACACUAUGCGAAAGUCUUCCGACUUCGGCGGUUCAACGGGCAGUCUACAGAGGACCAAACGGUUGAGUAAUUCUUCCUCAAAUAUCACAAACUCUCAAUCAAAGUCUCGCUUGCCGCCAUCUACGCCAACAAGGGGCAUGAACUCUUCCUACGGUUCCCCUCGAACCUCUCAGUCCCCUUCCCCAUAUUCCCGAUCUAAAACUCCACAGCCCACCCCCACCUACGUGCCGCGAUCUAACACUCCUACAUCAAGACUCUCAACCGGAACUCCUAGAUCAGCCAUGACACCCAAAACAUCAACUCCAACACGGUCUGGUAGGACCACACCCACUUACCCCGCCACCGGGAGAACAACGCCUUCCGGUAGAACAACGCCAUCUGGCAGAACAACGCCCACUAUGCAAAAUGGUUCUAAUUCUAUGAGACGUCUUCCAUCAACUCCAAAGGGCCCGAGGUGAUCCGAAAACUCAGUUUAGUUUUAUGAUAUUACAUUAGGUUAUACAAUUAUGGAAUAGCGAACUCAUGGACAAUUAUAUGAUGUGCUGCAAACUCAUAUGCAGUCACGUGGCUGUCACCUGGUUCAAUUACAGGACAUUCCACAUAAUC